CUGCCUGCUGGUGCCGGACUGACGGUUAGAGAUGGCCCACCCCUCCGCCGCCGCCGCCGCCGUAUCCUCCACGGCGCCCGCUGCAAACCCUAGUUCUGGCGCCCGCGAGGAAGGAGGCGCCCGCUCUCCGCCGUCGCCGUCUCCGUCUCAGAGGGGGCGGGCCAAGGUGGUGAUCGUUAUGGGCGCCACGGGCGCCGGCAAGUCGCGGCUGGCCGUCGACCUCGCGGCCCACUUCGCCGGCGUCGAAGUGGUCAGCGCCGACUCCAUGCAGCUCUACCGCGGCCUCGACGUCCUCACCAACAAGGCUCCCCUCCACGAGCAGAACGGUGUUCCUCAUCAUCUACUUAGCGUGAUUGAUCCCUCUGUCGAGUUCACUUGCCGUGAUUUCCGCGACCGUGCCGUGCCGAUUAUACAGGAAAUAGUGGACCGCGGUGGCCUCCCUGUGGUUGUCGGCGGCACAAACUUCUACAUCCAGGCUCUCGUUAGCCCAUUCCUCUUGGAUGAUAUGGCAGAAGAAAUGCAGGGCUGUACUCUGAGAGAUCACAUAGAUGAUGGUCUUACUGAUGAAGAUGAAGGCAAUGGGUUUGAACGCUUGAAGGAGAUCGAUCCUGUGGCUGCGCAGAGGAUCCAUCCAAACGACCAUAGAAAAAUCAAACGCUACCUCGAGUUGUAUGCAACCACGGGUGCCCUACCCAGCGAUCUGUUCCAAGGAGAGGCCGCUAAGAAAUGGGGUCGGCCUAGUAACUCCAGACUCGACUGCUGUUUCCUGUGGGUAGAUGCUGAUCUUCAAGUCCUGGACAGUUAUGUCAACAAAAGGGUCGAUUGCAUGAUGGAUGGUGGCCUGCUGGACGAAGUAUGCAGCAUAUAUGAUGCGGAUGCUGUCUAUACCCAGGGGCUGCGGCAGGCUAUUGGGGUUCGUGAGUUUGACGAGUUUUUCAGAGCAUAUUUACCCAGAAAAGAAUCUGGUGAGGGUUCCUGUGCAAGCCUGUUAGGUAUGCAUGACGAUCAGCUUAAGAGCUUGUUGGACGAAGCUGUUUCCCAGCUGAAGGCAAACACUCGUAGACUAGUUCGACGUCAAAGACGGAGAUUGCAUCGGCUGAGUAAAGAUUUUGGGUGGAACUUGCAUCGUGUUGACGCAACCGAAGCAUUCUUCUGUGCCACUGACGACUCAUGGCAAAAGAAAGUUGUCAAACCAUGUGUGGAUGUCGUAAGAAGGUUUUUGUCGGACAAUUCCACUGUUUUGCCAAGCACAAGCGCAAGUGACCCCUCUUCAAGAGAGCUGUGGACGCAAUAUGUGUGCGAGGCCUGCGGCAACCGGGUGCUGCGAGGUGCGCACGAGUGGGAGCAGCACAGGCAAGGGCGAGGCCACCGGAAGCGAGUGCAGCGCCUGAAGCAGAAGAGCCUGAGGCCAUGGCCAUCGCUGCUGCCCCAAGACCGCAGCUGAUGGUAACUUUUUCACAGCAGAACCGGCGAGAAGUGGGACGGGGACGUUGACGUGGACAUGGUCGUCUCGUCCCACCCAAAAAAGCGUGCCAGCCUGACAGCGACAUGCUUUCCCAAUCCCGAAUUCCUGGCACGUCGACGGGGGGACUACCUCCAUGCCUUUUAGCAGCGGAAGAAGCAGGCACCAAAGAACUGCUUAUCAAAAGUAUUGUACCACACGUACGACGGGUCUAGAAGCCACAGAAACGUAGUGUGGAAGUGGAUAGAUACUUGAACAAUGGUCCAUCUUUCUAUACUGCUAAAGUUUAGCAUAUGCUAAGGAGGUGUUUAAGAUUGCU